AUGAAGCUCACCACUUUCACCUCUGCUUUGGCGUUGGCCUCUAGUGCCAUGGCCGCACCAUCUAUCGCAAUUGAGAAACGCAACCCCUCUGGCUCUUUCGAACUCGUUGCGUACGGCGUCGCUGAUGAUGCCAUCCCCAUGUUCUACUCUGAUGGCCUCGCCUACGCCGGCGACUCCUCCCUCUGGACAUCUGGAAACGUCACCACCGACGUAACAUUUGAAAUCACCGACACUGAGCUUGUCACUACUGCCACCACAUCCGGUGUUACACUCGACUCCGAUACCUUGCUUUACAUCCAACCUACUGCCGACGAGGUCCUCACCGUCGGCUUCACUGGCAACGGAAUCGACUCGCCUUCCGCUGCUACGACGGACGGCUUCCUCUUCUACGGCAGCUAUUUGAUGUGGGAAGAGUCUGAUGGAACUCUCUCCGAUGUUUUCCGUCUUAAGGAGACCAACGUCUCCGGGAUUUACCAGUUCUACUGGGACAUGUCUAGCUUGGAUCUUUCUGGGUACUUGUUCCCUACUGUCAAGGACAAGACUGUUUGA